AAAGGGCUGUAGCGCACAGCGAGAAGUUUCAACCGAAGAAGAAGCAAAAGAAGAAGAGAGCGGCUCGGUGCUACCAUCACGUUUCUGUGUAAAAGUGAAAGUUUGGUGUUGUGAGCGAAAAUGGACCCGGUGGCGGCGGCUGUGGCGGCGGCGAAGGAGAUCGACGGCAGCGUGAUGGAGGGAGGCGGACAGAUCCUGAGAGUCUCCGCGGCGCUCAGCUGCAUCACCGGUUCCGCAAUCAAAAUCUCCAAAGUCCGAGCCGGCAGGAGCACACCGGGGAUCAGACCGCAGCACCUGAGCGGCCUACAACUGGUCUCAGAUCUGUGCUCUGGCAGUCUGCAGGGAGCCAGCAUCGGCUCCACCGACAUCAGUCUGACUCCAGGAAAGAUCCAAUCUGCAAACCACACCGCCGACACACAGACAGCAGGGAGUGUGUGUCUGCUGCUGCAGGUCGCUCUGCCCUGUGCUCUGUUUGCUGAUGCCUCCUCACAGCUCUGUCUGAAGGGAGGAACCAACGCUGAGAUGGCUCCUCAGAUCGACUACACUGUCAAGGUGUUUAAACCCAUUGUGGAGAAGUUUGGAGUCCAUUUUGACUGUGACAUCAGAAUGAGGGGUUACUACCCUAAAGGUGGAGGUGAGGUGAUGGUGACAGUGAACCCGGUGAAAGAGCUGCUGCCGGUCACCAUGACGGAGAGAGGAAACAUCACCAAGAUCCACGGCAGAGCGUUCGUCGCUGGAGUACUGCCCUUCAAAUUGGCUAAAGACAUGUCGACUGCUGCUGUCAGAACCAUCAGGAAGGAAAUCAAAGAACUUUACAUCAACAUCCAGCCGCUGCAGGAAAAAGAAAAGGCCUAUGGUAACGGCAACGGCAUCAUAAUCAUCGCUGAGUCGUCGACAGGUUGUCUGUUUGCAGGUUCAGCUCUGGGGAAGAAAGGUGUGUAUGCAGAUAAAGUUGGUAUUGAAGCUGCUGAGAUGUUGUUGAGAAACAUCAGACACAACGGCUGUGUGGAUGAGUUCCUGCAGGACCAGCUCAUCAUCUUCAUGGCGUUGGCAAAGGGAACGUCUCGGAUUCGAACAGGAGCCGUGACGUUGCACACACAGACGGCCAUCCACAUCGCAGAGCAGCUCACUCAGGCAAAGUUCUCAAUAACAAAGUGUGAGGACGAGCUGAGCAGUAAUGUCAACCACAUCAUCGAAUGUCAAGGAUCAGGAGCCACCAACCUCAACCUGUAGAGAGAGAGAGACACACACACACACACACACACACACACACACACACACACACACACACACACACACACACACAAACACCCCAACUGUCUCCGUACUGGACUCGGUAGCUGCUCCUGUCAUGGCCAACCCUCUUAGCUUCUGUCUCUCAGGGUGUUUCCUUAAAUACUGUAAUAAAUAAAUAAAAGUCUUU